AGCUGUUCCUGCCAGGAAAAGUGAGAAAAGUGUGUGCGGCAUGCCUGUGUUUCACACUAAAUUGCUAGAGACUUUGGGCCCUAAAAGAGAUGUUGUUAAACAGUUGGCAAAUCCAAGUAAGAUCUGAGAAAGAGGAAGAACAUGGCAGGUUUAUCAUGUGGAAAAAAGGAGAUGUCUUCAAAAUUUGGAUUUAUACACCAAAAUUACAAAUUUGGUCUGCUGUUCAUAAAGAGGCUAUGUCGGUUGCUAGGGGUGAUGUUUCCCUCUUGGAAGUCUGCCAGUGUGCUACUUUUUGUUGUCAUAAUAAUGAUAGGACUCCUUGAGCAGUAUGUGAUCUACAAUGUUGGUCUGAUACCCAGUAAGUUCUACAAAUCUCUUGGGGACAAGGACCAGGUUGCCUUCAGAUCUGACCUACUUGUAUCCAUUGGUUUGGUCCUCGCCAUAGCCUUUAUAAAGAGUAGCAGCCAGUAUGCCAGUGGGGUGCUUUACUUAACAUGGCGUGGUUCCAUCACCCGCUAUCUUCACAAACAAUACUUCAGGGAUGUCCUCUAUUACAAGAUAAAUGUCUUAGACAUUGAUAUUGACAAUCCAGACCAACGAAUCGCUCAAGAUGUAGAUAAACUGUGCAAUAACCUGAGUCAAAUCAUAUCCCGUCUUCUUAUCACACCAUUUACCAUAGCCUACUAUACUUACCAAGCAUGGACAGGGACUGGGUACAUUGGACCAGUGAGUGUCUUGGCCUUCUUCAUUGUCUUCACUGUCAUCAACAAAUUCCUCUUAGGCCCAGUCAUACAUUAUGUUGUCAAACAGGAGAAAAAUGAAGGAGAUUUUAGAUUCAAGCACAUGCAGAUAAGAGUAAAUGCUGAAUCAGCUGCCUUCUAUCAGGCUGGCCGACUGGAGGCACAAAAAGCAAACCACAAACUCUCAAAGCUUCUACAGGCUCAGAGUGGACUUAUCCGCAGAGAGUAUGCUCUCAAUUUUUCUGUAAACUGUGGUGACUACCUAGGCAGCAUACUUAGCUAUAUAGCAAUAGCAGUUCCAAUAUUUCUGGGUACUUAUGACAAUCUCUCUCCAACUGAUCUUAGUGCCCUUAUAAGUAGGAAUUCAUUUGUGACAAUCUAUCUGAUCAACUGCUUCACAAGACUUAUUGAUAUGGCUUCUCAAGCAUCAGAUAUAGCUGGGACCACUCAUCGUAUUGGUCAGCUGUUGGAGUGCUUAGAUGUGCAUUGGGGAGACCAACAGGAAUACGAUAACUCACUUAGUACCAUAUCAUUCAGCAGUUCAAGAUCUUAUAGUGAGGGCCCAGAGGAUUCAACUAAAGCCUACAAGGUGAAACAUCUCAGUUAUAAAAAACCAAGGGCAGAAAAAAAUUUCUUAAAUGAUCUCAGUAUAGAGAUAAGCCAGGGGGAGAACAUGUUGAUCACAGGGGACAGUGGUUGUGGAAAAAGUUCUCUGCUGAGGGUACUUGCCGCUCUCUGGCCCCACUCUAAAGGUACAGUGGACCGUCUCCUACCCCAAGGGCCAGCAGGUGUCAUGUUCCUACCUCAGAAACCAUACUUCACCAGUGGAUCUCUGAAACAACAGAUAAUAUACCCAGUAGAAGAAACAAGCAACACUGAAAGUUAUGAUGAUGAGAAGUGCUCAGAGUGUUUAGAGUAUGUUGGUCUCACUCAUUUAUUGGAGAGGGUUAGCCUGGAUGGAGAGAAUGAUUGGAACUGGUAUGAUAUGCUCUCCCCAGGUGAGAUGCAAAGACUGAGCUUUGCUAGACUGUUCUAUCACAGUCCUCCAUUUGCAGUGCUGGAUGAAGCUAGCAGCCAGAUAGGAUUGACUUCAGAAUGCAGUAUGUACACCAAAUGUAAAGAUCUCAACAUCACUGUAGUCAGUGUGGGCCAUAGAGACAGUUUACGUCAAUACCACAAUACUGAACUUAAACUAGAUGGAAUGGGAGGCUGGACUAUCUUGCCAAUUCUAACAAAUUCACAAUGAUACCAAUAAGUGAGAACAAAUAAUGAUAUUUGACUGAAAAUUAGAAAGGAAAAAUCUUUCAUUUAAUGGAUUCUGAAAUACAUAGGAGUACAGCUAGUACAGUAUAUCCCAGCACAAUACAGUACAACAAUGCAGCACAAUAUAGUACAGU